AUGACAUAUAACAUUGAGGAAGUGUUGGUGACAUUCCAGGAUGUGGCUGUAGACUUCACCCCAGAGCAAUGGGACCUCUUAGACCAUCCUCAGAAGGAGUUGUACAAGGAGGUCAUGCUGGAGAAUGCCAGGAACCUGCUCUCCUUGGGAAAGAAACCUUAUGAUUGUCAUCAUUGUGGAAAAGACAUGAGUCAGCAGUCAUCCCUGAUUUGCCAUCAAAAAACUCAAACUGGAGAGAAACCACAUGAGUGUCAUGAAUGUGGUGAACGUUUUAGUGAACGCUCAUCCUUCCUUAUGCAUCACAAUAUUCACAGUGACAAGAAACCUUAUGAAUGUAAUCAGAAUGGAAAGCCUUGGAGUUGCAGCUCUAGUCUUGAUGUACAUCAGAGCACCCACGUUGGGGAGAAACCUUAUGAAUGUGAUAAAUACACAAACGUAUUUACACAGAACUCCAACCUUACUCAGUGUCAGAGAAUCCACAAUGUUGAGAAACCUUAUAGCUCCAAUCUUGCUGUGCAUCAGAGAAUCCACGCUGGUGAGAAACCUUUUGAAUGUGAUCAAUGUGGAAAGGCUUUUGCACAGAGCUCCAAUCUUGCUUCUUAUGAAUGUAAUCAAUGUGGAAAGGCUUUCACACAGAGGUCCAAUCUUGCUGCACAUCAGAGAAUCCACGCUGGAGAGAAACCUUAUGAAUGUAAUCAAUGUGGAAAGGCUUUCAAUUUAAGGUCUGCUCUUGCUGUACAUCAGAGAAUCCACAAUGGAGAGAAACCUUAUGAAUGUAAUCAGUGUGGAAAGGCUUUCACACAGAGCUCCAAUCUGGCUGUACAUCAGAAAAUCCACAGUGGGGAGAAACCUUAUGAAUGUGAUCAAUGUGGAAAGGCUUUCACAAAAAACUCUAAUCUUACUGCACAUCAGAGAAUCCACACUGGGGAGAAACCUUAUGAAUGUAAUCAAUGUGGAAAGGCUUUCACAAAAAAAUCUAGUCUUACUGCACAUCAGAGAAUCCACACUGGGGAGAAACCUUAUGAAUGUGAUCAAUGUGGAAAGGCUUUCACAAAAAACUCUAGUCUUACUGCACAUCAAACAAUCCACACUGGGGAGAAACCUUAUGAAUGUAAUCAAUGUGGAAAGGCUUUCAGAGAGAGGUCCAAACUUACUCGACAUAAGAGAAUGCACUGUGGAAAGAAACCUAAUGGUUCAGGUCCCAUAUCCAGUCAGUGGGAGAUCUCUGAUUCAGGAGCCAUUGAGGCUCUGAUUGUUCUCGUCCCUUCUGGGAUCCCAAGUCCCUUCUGCUUCUUGGUUCUCUUAAGGAGAAUGGGAGAAAGGAAGGUGAAAGAAGAGGAGCAGGAGAAGGCUAGCCUCCUGCCCUGGGAUCCUUCUCCCUCCCCUGCUCAGUCUGCAGAAGACCAAGGCCUGGCCCAAGCAGGGAACAUGAAGCCAGAGGGAAUGGCCCCUGGGAGCUGCAGACCCCCACCCCAGGUGUUGGUGACAUUCCAGGAUGUCGCUGUAGACUUCACCCCAGAGGAGUGGGGCCUCUUAGACCAUCCUCGGAAGGAGUUGUACAAGGAGGUCAUGCUGGAGAAUGCUCAAAACUUGCUCUCCUUGGGUCUUCCAGUUCCCAGAGAAUAUUUGAUUGAGUCUGAGGAAAGGGAAGCACCAUGGAUGCUGGAACAAGAAGGCCUGAGGAGCUGCUGUCCAGAAGGAGAGAUUGGAAUUGGAAUAAGAGAGACUACUGAAAAGCUAAGGAUUUCUGUGAAAGAAACUCACAAAGAAAGCCUCAUGUAUGAUGGUCCCUGUGACUUUACUGGGAGAAAAAUCAGUGCUGUAUUUCAUAGAAUCCACAAAGGAAAGACAUCUUAUAAUUGUCAUCAUUGUAGGGAAGAGAUAAAUCAACUGUCAUCCCUGAUAUGCCAUCAAGAAGUUCAUACUGGAGAGAAACCACAUGAGUAUCAUGAAUGUGCUGAAUCUUUUAGUGAACACUCAUCCUUCAUUAUUCAUCACAGUAUUCACGGUGACAAGAAACCUUAUGAAUGUACUCAGUGUGGAAAGGUUUGGAGUUGCAGCUCUAGUCUUACUGUACAUCAGAGCAUCCACACUGGAGAGAAACCAUAUGAAUGUGAUAAAUAUGGAUUGGCAUUCACACAGAGCUCCAAACUUACUCAAACUCAGAGAAUUCACAAUGUUGAGAAACCUUAUGAAUGUAAUCAAUGUGGAAAGGCUUUCACACAAAGUUCCAGUCUUACUGCACAUAAGGGAAUCCACACUGGGGUGAAACAUUAUGAAUGUAAUCAAUGUGGAAAGGCAUUCACAGAGAGCUCCCAACUUGCUGCACAUCGGAAAAUCCACAUUGGGGAGAAAUCUUAUGAAUGUAAUCAGUGUGAAAAAACUUUCACAAAAAACUCUAGUCUUAUUGCACAUAUGACAAUCCACACUGGGAAGAAACCUUAUGAAUGUAACCAAUGUGGGAAGGCUUUCAGAAUCAAAUCCAAACUUGCUGUACAUCAGCGAAUCCACACUGGGGAGAAACCUUAUGAAUGUAAUCAGUGUGGAAAGGCUUUCACAGAAAAUUCUCAUCUUAUUGCACAUAACAGAAUCCACACUGGGGAGAAACCUUAUGAAUGUAAUCAAUGUGGAAAGGCCUUCACAGAGAGCUCCCACCUUGCUGCACAUCAGAGAAUCCACACGGGGGAGAAACCUUAUGAAUGUAAUCAGUGUGGAAAGGCUUUCACGAAAAACUCUAGUCUUAUUGCACAUAAGAGAAUCCACACUGGGGAGAAACCUUAUGAAUGUAAUCAAUGUGGAAAGGCUUUCAGAAUCAAAUCCAAACUUGCUGCACAUCAGAGAAUCCACACUGGGGAGAAACCUUAUGAAUGUAAUCAGUGUGGAAAGGCUUUCACAGAAAGUUCUCGUCUUAUUGCACAUAAGAGAAUCCACACUGGGGAGAAACCUUAUGAAUGUAAUCAUUGUGGAAAGGCUUUCAAAAUCAACUACAAUCUUGCUGUACAUCAGAGAAUCCACACUGGGGAGAAACCUUAUGAAUGUAAUCAAUGUGGAAAGACUUUCAGAAUCAACUCUCAACUUGCUGCACAUCAGAGAAUCCACACUGGAGAGAAACGUUAUGAGUGUAAUCAAUGUGGAAAGGUUUUUACAGAGAGCUCCAGUCUUGCUGUACAUCACAGAAUCCACAUUGGGGAGAAACCUGAUGAAUGUAAUCAGUGUGGAAAGGCUUUCACACAGAGCUCCAGUCUUGCUCGACAUCAAAGAAUGCACACUGGAGAGAAGCCUAAUGUCAUAAAAACUUAUGUAGACUCUCAUUUUAGUAUACAAAUGUGAUGCAAGCAAAGACCAAGAGACAUAAUUUCUUGAUUUAAUUAAUUAUUGCUAGUGAAUAAAUAACAAAAGAAUGGUUGUUUAGCUGUCUUGUGUCAACCAAAGAGGAAUCAUGGGGGCCUGUCAACACAUAUAUGCCCUUAGAUAAGUGAGUGUAACCAACAGACAUAGAACAAUUCUGAUUGGUCAAAACCUAAUGAGAAUGAGUAUCAUAAUGAGAGGUGGGCUUACUCUACCGAGUGGCUGGGGGAUAUGACUCAUGACU